GAGACCCCGAACGUCGAAAGGAAAAGAACGUCCUCCAUGGGCUGAGCUGUCAAACUAAACUCGUGCAAUUUAUCAAGUUUAUGUCAAAGUUAACCGGUCAGUUUUACUUGAGAAAUGAAGAAGGAUAGCCUUGGCGAACGUCUAUAACCUGAAAUUAUUCAGUUGAAACUUGAUUAACGUAUGUGAUUGACAUUUCAUUCCACGUAUGACCAUUGAAUGACCUGACCGACAAGGAACCAGUGGGCACAAUGAUUAAGGCGAUUUUAGUAUUUAAUAACCAUGGAAAACCAAGACUGUCCAAGUUUUAUCAGUAUUACAAUGAGGAGAUACAACAGCAGAUAAUCAAGGAGACAUUUCAGUUAGUGUCCAAAAGGGAUGACAAUGUGUGCAACUUCCUGGAGGGAGGCAGCCUUAUUGGUGGAUCAGAUUACAAGUUGAUUUAUCGGCAUUACGCAACUCUUUACUUCGUAUUUUGUGUGGACUCAUCAGAGAGUGAACUUGGGAUAUUAGAUCUUAUUCAAGUCUUUGUUGAAACCUUGGAUAAAUGUUUUGAAAAUGUAUGUGAACUGGAUCUUAUUUUCCAUGUAGAUAAGGUUCAUUAUAUACUGAAUGAAUUAGUUAUGGGUGGUAUGGUACUGGAGACAAAUAUGACUGAAAUUAUUACCAGAAUAGAUGAUCAGAACAAAUUGGAGAAACAGGAGGGUCCAUAUAGUUCUGCACCCUCUUCAGUACUUAGAGCUGGUUUAGCUGCUGCUCCUGCCCGUGCUGUUUCAGCAGUUAAGAAUAUGAACCUGCCACAGCAGAUAAAGGAUAUUAAGCUGCCUGAUCUUCCAGCAGCUAUCAAGGAUCUGAAAUUUUGACCUGAAUUACAGCCAUACAAAGAGAGUGUACAUAAAUAUAUAUUUGCAUUUUUGUCAGGUGUUUGUAUUUUUAACAGUAAAGUUGAAGUCUGUUUCACAAAAACUUUUCUGACAUUUAGUUAUUACAAUUUUGUAAAGUUUUAUUAUCUUAUUUCUUCAUAUAUAUUUGUGUUAGUACAGAUGUUUCAGUAACUGACAAAAAGAAAUGGAUGUUUUCAUUCUCUGAAAUAUAACUUGUGAUUAUGUAACUUAAUGGGGUGUUAGGUGCCUGUUCUUUCAUUCAGCUAAAAUCACUUUGAUUUAGAACAGUACAUAGGAAAAUAAAAACCUUAAAGAGAAACUCCGCACUUAAAUACUUUUUGAAACUGAUACUGUUUAUAUUUAUUGUACUUUUUCUCCAUACAAUUUUCUAAUCUUUUAAUACCAGUAUUGUGCAAUACACAUAAAGACAUUAAAUUAUCAAGUUAGAUACAUUAUUUUGUAUGAGAAACUCAGCCUUAGAAUUUCAGAUUUUUUUUCUACUUUGAUAGACAAAGCAUUAGUUUAACUUGGAAGAGAUUGUCAGGAAAGUAAUAUUGUGACACUUUCUUUACAAAGUAGUUUGGCUUGUGACAUAAUAUUUUUGGUUGAUCAAAAAGACUUAUUUUUUAUUCAGUGUUAGUCUAGAACUGAGAAAUGAAAGUGAAAUCAUGUUUCCCCAGUUUACAUAUGGCUUAAGUUAUUAAAGAAUCAGAUUUCCUUACAUCUUCCUUGUUAUUGCCUAAUCCAGUUGUGUGUUUUCCAUUUUGAAAGGUAUUUCAAUUCUUAUUUUCACAAAAAACAUAAACAUAAGUAAUCUCA